GUCACGGUGCUGCCUGUCACGCUGUAGGAGAGCUUCCGCUUGCAUCCAUGGCUGGACUCGGGGUCAGGCUGUUUGUGGUCCUGGCUGGGCUUCUGUUUCUGGAUUCAGUUUGGUGCUGGGAGUUGCUGAGCUCUGACAAACAGCAGAAUCUCUAUGGGCCUGCAGAGUGGGGUGAACACCCGAGAAGCCAUUCAGAUGAACUGGAAUACGAUGGCUACGAGGAAAUUCCUGAAGAUGAACUUCCUGAAAGAAAAGGUGAAGCCACCGGUGACGGUUACUCCCAAUCUUCUGUUCGCCAUUCAUUUCCUGUGGAAGGCGACCAUUUCGAUUUCGACCCUAGGCCCAGUCACCCACGAGCCCAACCGCUACUUGUUUCCUUCCUACCAACUCCAGCAGCUAGUGCACCAGCACAAAAUUGCUUAGUUUCUCCAGGAGAGCAGGUGACAUGUGGUCAACCAGGAAUAUCCAACAUGCAGUGUCAAACUAUGGGAUGCUGUGUGAAUCCAUCUACAUUUGCUUGCUACUACCCACUGGAUGUGUGCACCACGGAUCAACAGUUUGUUUUUGCAAUCCGGGCCAGCACUGCAGCCAUCACUGUUGAUCCCACCAAGCUUGUUAUUCCUGGCACCAACUGUAAACCAAUCAUUGCUAAUGAUCAGGUGGCCAUCUUUAAGUUCAAAAUCACAGAAUGUGGAGUGCGUUCUUACAGAAUUGGCACUACAACCAUCUACCUGGCUAGAGUGCAGAGUGCUGUAAAUGUUUUGGACCUUAAGUAUGGAAUAAUUACGAGAACAGAUCCCCUCAGCUUCAUGAUUGAAUGCCGCUACAGCGAUAAAGGCAACAGUCAGGAGUUGCUGGUCAGUACUGGCUACAUGGUUAAAACUCCAACUUCCAUCUUGCCAUCAACCAUAAUGGACACUGGUUUAUAUGCAGUUCAGUUGAGACUUGCUACAGAUCAAACGUUUACCAGCUACUUGCCCAGUGAUCAUCCACCAUUGCACUUGCUGCUUGGAAAACCAGUGUACCUUGAGCUGAAUCUGUGUCCUCCAAAACCAUACGCGGUCAUCCUGGUCAACUAUUGUCUUGCUUAUCCCCUCUCUGGCAAAAAAUGCCUAGUGCUGAUUUAUGAAGGGUGUGCCAACCCAUACGAUCCAAAUGUCUCCAUCCUUAAAGUCAUCGACCUUCCCAAAAAAUCGCCACAGAGGCGCUUUUUGGUCACAGCCUUCCAGUUUAUGGAGCAAAAAACAAACCUCUACCUUAAUGAAGAGAUCUAUUUCAUGUGCUCAACAGAAGUGUGCAGGCCAACAGAGAAGACCUGUCCAAAUCAGUGCUUUGAUUGA